AUGAUUUCAUCAAUAAAGAAUAGAGAUGAACUGAGGGAAUUAUCAAUUGAAAAACCAAGUUCAACAAGUAUUAAUUUAAUGGCUGAUGUAAGUCGCCGAUUACGACGAAGAAAAAAAACAUAUGAUCGACUUCGUAAAAUAAAUAAUAUUAUGUGUUUUCUUGGUCUUUUGGGUGUCUUUCUUAUGAUCAUUGAAAAUGAGAUUAAUUUUAUGAAUGUAUAUAAAAAAGAUCUAAUGAUUAAUUGGAUUAUAAAAUUAAUAAUUACAAUUACAACAGUCAUUCUUGUUGGUCUUGUAUUCUAUUAUCAUUAUUUGGAUUUAAAUCUUUAUUCUGUUAAUAAUGUAAUUGAUAAUUGGUUUACUGGUUUAACAAACAAGAAAAUAUUUUUAAUUCUAUUUGAAGUAUUCAUUUGUUUUAUACAUCCUAUUCCUCGAUCUUUUCCUCUUAAUUGGAGUUUACAACAUGAUAAUUUAACCAUAUCUUAUUCAUCUAAAACAACUUCUAUAUCUUCAUCUCCUAUAGAGAUCGAUGUUGUACUUGGUUUGCCAAUGUUUGCUCGUUUUUAUUUGGUAUGUCGUUUUAUUUUAUUUCAUUCUUAUUUAUUUCGUGAUGCAUCAUCACAAUCAUUGGGUUGUCUUAAUGAAGUAUCAAUGGAUUUUUUCUUUCUUAUUAAAACAUAUCUUGAACAAUGGCCAGUACAUUGCUUAUUAUUAUUUUGUGGACUUCUCUUUUCUAUUGGUAGUUGGUCAUUACGAGCAUGUAAUUAUUCAAUAACAACAGAACAUUUACCUAUUCUUGAUUCAAUGUGGUUAUUUAUUGUUACGUUUACCACUAUUGGUUAUGGAGAUUUAACACCAUCGACUUAUUGUGGACGAAGUGUGGCUGCUCUGAUUGGUUUAAUUGGUAUUUUGACUAGUGCUCUUCUUAUUUCUGUUCUAGCACAAAAACUUAAGUUAACUCGAUCAGAAAAAUACGUACAUAGUUUUGUAUUAGAUAUUGAAUUGGCAAAAAAACGUAAUCAUCAAGCAGCUAAUGUCAUUAAAUUUGCAAUAAAAAUUUGGUAUUUAAAACGAAAACAUCGAUCUACAUCGACUGAAUAUAUCAAAGUACAACGAAGAUUAAUUCAAUCGAUACGUUUUAUUCAAAAAUUGAAACAAAAACAAGGAAAAUUAACUGAUAACUAUAUUGGAUUACAAGAAAUAAUUACGAUACAACGAGAAACAAUCAGUAAAACAGAAGAAAAUACAGAGCAAUUAAUAAUAAUGGAAUCAAAAGUAGAUAAAAUUGAUGAAAAUCUUAUUGAUAUAAAUCAUACAAUGAUAAAUAUACAAAAAACACUUAAUCUCUUAUUGAAUAGAAUGUUACAAGAAGAGAAAACUUCUUAA